AUGCAGCAGUUGCAUUCCUACGAUGGACACCGCACACUGUGCUCGGUCGAGGACAAAGCAACAGCUGGCAGAUUAGGCGGCCACUCUUGGAACAUCAUUAGCAACAACGAACAGGAUGAGAUCUACCUCCGACAUGCCAGGAGUUCUGAUCACUAUGUGAACAACACUUCGGGCGAGACGACCUCUGUGUGGUUCGAUCGGCGUCGCCGGAUCCCUCACCCACUGGGCGGCCUGGAGGGUGCCAACUGGAGCGCCAAUGUGCGAGAGAUUCUGAAGUGUCCAGCAACGCCGCAAAGUAGUGAUCAUGGCAAAGCGCGAAGCCAGCAACUCUUGCAGGCCACGGCUCCACGGGAUUAUGCUCUUUUCUCCGCUCGGCGGAGAGAGAUCUUGCCUCAAACGCCAGUGCGGCCAGGCCACUUAGAACGGACGUUGGGGUCGGAUCAAACAACGUUGAGAGACCUCAGCGACAGUUUGAUGCCGAGAAUGCCCAAGAUCGUCGAUCGGAAGAAUUGGACUCCCCGCCGUGGCGAAGCGCGGGUGGAGACCUUGCCGCCAAGCGAAGUAGACAUGUUUUCCUCUAUCGAUCAACUGAAAACAGAAUCCCAUGUGGAUGUGCAGCAGAGCUCCUUUGCCCAUCAGCUUGAAAUGUCUCAAGGUGGGAGCGACAGAGGUCUGUCAGACGCUGCCGAGUCUUGCCUUCUGAGAGCUGCGAAGCUGUCACAUCGGAGCUCCGAAGGCACCCCGCGACAUCCGCAAGAUCGGAAGAACCACUCCCGGCAGCGAAUCGAGAACUUUGCUCAACGAGAAAUCAGCGAUUGGACUUUAGGCAGUGACAAGCUCCUGCGAAAGGAUCCUUUCUGCAUGCGCCCAAUGCAGCAGCCAAACAACUCCGGGGUGAAGUACGACAUCAUCACGGGUGAACGAGGAAAGUUCUGGUACUGA